AUGAUUUUGGACUCCAAGGCGAUGCGCCAUCUCACGGCGGAGGACUGGCGUGUCCUCGCCGCAGUCGAGACAGGCUCCAAGAACCACGAACUCGUUCCCACUCCGAUAAUCGAGCGGCUUUCACGGCUACGAGGCGGCGUGUCAGGUGUGCACAAGUCCAUCUCGGCCCUGGCCAAGACGGGCCUCAUCGCAAAAAUGAAGGAGGCAAAGUACGACGGCUAUCGGCUCACCUACGGUGGGCUCGACUACCUGGCCCUGCACCAGUACGCCUCGCAGAACUUUGUCUACAGCGUGGGGAGCCGCAUUGGUGUGGGAAAAGAAAGCGACAUCAUGAUUGUGGCGGACAACAAGGGGACGCAGAAGGUGCUCAAAAUCCACCGCCUGGGUCGGAUCAGUUUCCGUACCGUCAAGGCCAACCGGGACUACCUGCGCCGUAAGAACCAUAACAACGGCGGCGGUGGCAGUGGCUGGAUGUACCUGAGCCGCCUGGCGGCCAUGAAGGAAUAUGCCUUCAUGCAGGCCUUGCGCGAGGAGGGAUUUCCCGUGCCCGAACCAAUAGCUCAAAGCCGCCAUACCAUCGUCAUGAGUUUGAUCGAUGCCUUUCCGUUGCGCCAGAUUUCGCAUGUGGGCGAUCCCGCAACCCUGUACGGCGAGUUGAUGGAAAUGAUCAUGCGGCUAGCGCGGCACGGGCUGAUCCACGGCGAUUUCAACGAGUUCAACAUCUUGCUCAAAGAGGAGACGGUCACAAACAACGAGACGACACCACCUACCGAGACGGUAAAGGUCAUACCCAUCCUGAUCGACUUCCCCCAAAUGGUCUCCAUGGAGCACCAAAAUGCCGAAAUGUACUUUGACCGCGACGUUAACUGCGUGAAACGUUUUUUUGAACGGCGUUUCCACUUUGUCGGCACCCAGCCCGGCCCCUUCUUUAAGGAUGCGAAAAAGGCGAUGGGUCAGCGUGGCGCCAAGAGGCUCGAUGCCCUAGUGGAAGCCUCCGGUUUUACCAAGAAAAUGUUGAAGGAUCUCGAGGCAGCAAUCAGAGCCCAGCAAGCCGAGGCGCCUGAAGGUGGUGGCUCGGCCGAUGAGGAGGCAUAUGAAGAUGAAGAAGAUGAUGAUAAUGAUGAAGAAGAGCAAGAAGCCGAUGAGGGUGAAUUAGAAGAAGAGGAGCCUGCCGCUACCGGUUCCAACGCUCCAGAUAUGGCCAGAUUGUCCAUUGGUGAUCAGACAUGA